AUGCAUGCCGACUUCUGUCGUCGAUUGCUAUUUAGGAUACUGAAUAAGCCGACUCCAAAGAAGUUUGAUCUUCUCAAGAGACAGCUAAUUGAUUCUGGCAUCACAACAGCUGAUAUUCUGAAGGAGAUUAUCUCCUUGAUUUUUGACACGGCAGUGCUGGAACCAACAUUUUGCCCCAUGCAUGCACAGCUGUGUUCGGAUCUAAUUGAAAAGCUCCCUCCAUUCCCAUCAGAUGAACCUGGUGGGAAAGAAAUCACGUUUAAGCGAGUCCUAUUGAACAUCUGCCAGGAGGCAUAUGAAGGCUCUAACAAACUUGGGGAAGAAGUAAAGCAGAUGACUGCUCCUGAGAAAGAGUCAGAACGUAGAGAUAAAGAAAGAAUGGUCAAACUUCGCACACUCGGAAAUACUCUCGAUGCAUUAAAAUAUAUUGUUAGUGGCCUGCAGCAGUAUCCAGUUCUUUUGGGGUUCUCUGUCCUUGUUGGUGCUAGUGCUUGGGUGGAUCUACUGGUGCGUCUAAACUAUACUUACUCGGGAGAAACAAGUGAAGAGUUUGACAGGGAUGAUAAUACUUUGACACUCAUAAAGCCAUCUUCUAUGCCUUCAAAGGAUAUUCGAAGUCCACUUGAAGUCGGAUCAGUACAUGGUGGAAACAACGGGGUAUCGAACGGUGAUUUGGAAGAAGACAAGACAGAAUAA